GAAAUAAAAUUAGUUAUACUCUCUCGCGAGCGCUCGCAAUAAGACAAAAUGAUGGCCUGUUGUUUGUUGACAUAAAUCAUUUUUAUUUUUCAACAACAACCGGAAUCAAGGUAAUAUCGCACGCACACCAAAGAUCACAAGAUUUUUGUGUUUGUAAAAAUUUUUGAUUAUUUGAUUUGUAAAUUAUCAUUAUAAUUAAUGUUUUGAUCAAGAAAAGACAUUCAUUUUUCCAACAAAACAAAACAAAAUCAAGAAAACAAAACUGUAAUGAUGGACUAUGAAAUAUCAAAACCAUUCAUGUUUCCCGUAAAAAAAUGGUCACUUAUAAUAUUAUGUUCAUUGAAUAUAAUCCUGAUGAUUAUUUAUGCAUCAUUAUCAAAUUUAUUAGCAAAUCGUUAUCUAUAUGAUUAUGAAAUUGAUCGUGAUUAUCGUAUUGACGAGGUUAAGAUGACUGUCAUUAUAAUAUUAUUAAUGAUAUCAAUAUUUUCAAUAUCAUUUUCAAUAUUGGGUAUUGUUGGUGCUGUACGUGAAAGUUUUACAAUAACAUUUGUAUUCACAAUAUUGGCUAUUAUAAAUUUUGCUGCAACAUUGGGUAAUUCCAUUAAACGUCCAUAUUAUAUUCCAUGUGCAAUUUGGGCUAUGUUGAUGAUCAUAUCGGCUGUAUUUUUAACACGUGAUCUGCACCUGUGUAAUCAACGAAAACGUAAUCGUAUCUAUCAGAAUUGAAUUCAGGGAAACAAUUUUUUACAAAACUUUCAUCAAUCAAAAUCAAAAUCAAUUUUCUUUUUAUUUAUUUCAUUUUCAAAUUUUAUAAAUUAAUAAUAAUCUUUUGCACCA